AUGGCCCAGGAUUUGCUUUCCAUUCACUCUGGAGGCCUUCCGGACAAUAGUGUCAGCGAGUGGCAUACAAAAGACGAUUCACCCCAGAUUAAUGGUGCUCAAAGUGUCAACGAUGUCCCCAAUGCAAAUGCUAUCCGUGCUGAAGAGUAUCCAGAGCCUGUUGCGCAAUUUGGACUUUCUGAGCUACCACCAACAACUACCUGGCCAGAACAAAUAGGCUGUCUGACGGCCCACGUGCAGAGAUUGCGUGACAUUUUGAGGGCUAUACUAAAUUGUUCACGCAACCUCAUGCGGAAAACCGACGAGAACAAUGACGACGAAGAAAGCGAUAACAGCUCGGACACUUUCGGCGAGUCACUUCAACCUAUUGGUACCAGUAAUGGCUCAUAUCAGCAAACGGGACAAGACAGGGUCACUUUGCCAACUGGAGGCCGGAUUGUUCACAUAGGAAACGGCAUCGUCAUCGUCAUACAAGAGCUUCGCAUCAACCCACAGUGCAGAUCAUGUUCGGUCCAGCAACCGUCUUCCGCACAACAGUCCUCUGCCUCUGCCUCUGCCCAAGCAUGA